AUGGCGACGAUGUUGAAGGCGAUCACGCGGUUCAAGACGAAGAGCAGCGGCGGGAGCUCGCACCAGGCGCGCGCCCGCGCGAGUCCAGACAGAGCUCCGUCCAGAUCCUUCGUUCAAACGACGCGCCCCGUCCCCGUCCGUCCGUCCCGUCCGCGGUCCCCGACGCCCCCGUCCCCUCCCUCCUCGCGCCACCGCCCGCAGCGUCACUCCAAGGGCUCCUCCGGCGGCAGCGGCGCGCACGGCGGCGGCCCCAUGCACGCGGAGCUCGCGGACUCGCUCGAGCCGUUCACCAGGUACGAGCCCGGCGACUUCGACGUCGACGCCUUCGCGGCGACGCACUACGGCGACGCGAACGAGAAGCGCAUCCGCGCGCUCGCGUCGCAGCUCGGGGCGAUGCGCGCGAGGGCGGACACGGAGCUCAAGCGGAACGUCUUCGCGCACUACGCGGCGUUCAUCCGAGUGAGCGCGGAGAUCACGAAGCUGCGAGGGAAGGUGAUCGAGCUGAGGAAAGAGAUCGACGCGCCGAGGGUCGCGGUCGAGAGCGCGCUCGCCGAGGCGGACGCCGCGCGCGCCGAGUCAAAAAAAACGUCCACCGCCCAUGACGAUACUACUCACAAGUACGACCCAAACGGCGGCGGCGAUGUUGUCGCGCCGAUCAUCGAGGGCGCGCGCGACGCGGACGCGAGGAUGGCGUUAGAGCUCGCGGACGAGCUCGCGACGGCGACGGCGGAGCGAGCUUAUCUCCGCGCGCACGACCUCCGGCUUCGCGGGCUGAAGCUCGAGACGUCGCUGCGCGCGGCGUGGGAGGACGCGACCGCGCCGAUCCGCGCGAGGGUGGAGGACGCGCGAAGGCGGAGGCGGGAGGAGCGGAUCGCGCGAGGGAAGAAGGCGGCGAAGCCGUGGCCCGCGGGUGAGGGCGACUGGGAGGACUCGGACACGGACACGGAGGAAGACGACGACGACGACGCCGCGGAAGGACCCGGACCCGGAGAAGAAGAGGACGACGAGGACCUCACCGCCGCGUACGAGAGGAAGGGAUGGAGCACGACACCGCGCGACGACGAUCACCCCGUCAUCCGCGCUUUAAAGAUGGAGCUGAUGCGUCGCACGAAGAUGGAGGAACGCGGCGAGAGCGACGACCUCACCCCCGAUCCGCUCACGCGAGCGAUGCAGGCGAAGCUCGACGGCGCGUCCAAAGCGGACGUGGGCGAGGUCUUAGCCGCGGCGCUGAAGGCGCAGGACGAGCGGUUCCUCGGGCCGAGAGAGCGGCGGCGGAUGCGCCGCUUCUUCCGCAGAGGCGGCGCCGCCGACGACGACGACAGGCUCGUCGAGCCCGCGCCGUUGCGCGUCUUGCGCCGCGUCCUCGACGACGCCGAGGCGCCCGUCCUCGACGCGCUCCUCCACGCGGUCGGCGACGCGCGCGUUUGCGAGCCCGAGCGCGUCGCGUCCGCGACCGCGCUGCGAGGCGUCGACCGCGGCGACGACGCGCUGCGCGCGGCGCUGCGGCGCGUCGGGGAGGCGACGCGCGCGGACGUCGCGGCGGUGAAGGGCGCCGGCGUCGGAUGGGCGGCGGAGGCGUGCGAAAGCUUCUUCGCCGCGCUGCGCGUCGCGCCGCGCGACCGCGCGGUCGUCGCGGCGGCGGAUCACAUGUCCGACGCGACGCGCGAGGUGAUCGUGGCGUGGAUCGAGGAGGAGACGACCGCGUUCGCGGAGACGUUCGCGGCGAAGGCGGUCGUGUGCGGCGGCGGCGGUGUUGAAGUCGCGAGGAUGCCGCGCGCGUCCGCCGCGGUGCUCCUCGCGCUCGGGCACGCGGACGCGAUGCCCGGGGACCUCGGCGGGCGGGAGAGCGUGUUCGACGGCGUCGCGGGGCACGUCGCGGCGUGCCCCGCGUUCUUCGACGCGAUGAAACGCGUCAUCGACGCCGCGACGGACGCCUACCUCGGCGCCGGGGACGACGAGGAGGAGGAGGAGGAGGAGGAGGAGGAGGAGGGGGAGGAGGGGGCGCGCGGUGGGGGCGGGGGGAGCGGGGACUGGCUCGACGUCUCCGAGGAGUACAUCGAGAGCGGCGGGUCCCUGGCGACGCUCAGGGCGCUGUGCGAGAAGGGCGUCGCGGACUGACCGCGCCGCGGUAGACACUACAGUAGUCUAGCGAUGACGACGACGAACGAGAUGACGUCUCGGGGCGCGAGAGCGCGCGAACGGAGAGAU